AUGGGUAAUGAUGAGAGGAUGAAGUUGCAUAAAUAUAGUAAAUGGUUCCUUCCAGUAGAGUGUUCUAUGUAUAAUCAUAGCUGUUCUCAUGUGUAUUCUUUGUCUGACCGUUAGCCAGUUAAGUUCAUUGUGUAGUUCUUUUCUGGAUUUUUCAUGAAUUUUACAACCUACGAUCAAUCCAGCGACAAUCAACCUACGAUCAAUCUAGCGACUUUAUAAUACAUAGUACCAAACAUAGCAAAAGAAAGAAGAAGUGAUGAACUGAAGUUCAUUACGUACAUAAGUAUAACAUCAUUUGAUUAAUGAUUUCGGACUCAUACAAUAAUUACUAUUACUGUAGUGUAGUGUACAUUGUCAUUCUGUUCAUGCAGCUGCAAAAAUUAAACUACUAGUAGCACAUUAAAGUACAUUGUCACUUACAAGUAAAAAUGCAAAUGACAUCUAAAUCUAACAUGUUAACAGUUGUACUUUGUCUUUUUACGUAUUCUAUAUUAUUUGAUUGUUAAUUUGCGGCGAAAAUUUUUUAAAUUUCCAUGCGAGGGCACGCUCCCCUCCCCGCGCGAUUUUUUAACUAUCAGUCACAGCCGGCUACUUUUUUCUUUUUUGGUACAGCCGCCUACUUCAAAUCAUUCUGCAUGAAACCCCUGGUUUUUACGUGUGUACACCUGUGAAAACUCACAAGUUGUAACAAACCUGCAGCAAACUAACUGGUACCAGUCCUCGUUCAACAAUUUGUCAACAGGAUGUUUUCGCAUUGCUUGUUCACAGCUUGUUGACAAGUUGUCAACGGCUUGUUGACAACUUGCUACAAGGUUAUUGAGCUCAACAGACUUGUUACAAGUUCCUACAACUUGUUAUCGUCUUGCAAUUCAACAAUUUGUCAACAAUUUCUGAGUGACAACCUUGUAGCAACGUGAUAAAACGACAACACUGUUACAACUUGUUGACAAGCUUGCUACAAGCCUGUUGCGAACACAUCUUGUUGACAAAUUGUGAGAUUUUUGCAUGUGUAGAAACAACUAGCGCAACUUUUAAUCUGCUUCAUGCUUUCCAGAAACAAACCACGGCGGACUUACUGUUGUCGUAAACUCUAUUUUUGUGUGUUUACUCUAGACGUAGAUGAAUGCAAAAACACGAAACUGUGUCCACGCGAGAACGAACAUUGCAAGAACUUGCCAGGAUUCUAUUCCUGCAAAUGUGACUCUGGUUUCACGAGGAAGGACGGGAAAUGUGUUAAAGGUAAAGAGAAGAAAAAUAAAAAUUCAAAAGCGACAAAAGAUGAGGACGAAAAACUUCUAGAAGAUGUUGAGAAGGGAAAGUUUGUUCAGGAAUGGCAUAUGAAAAUUGGUUCUUUGCUUUAUGCCGUAUUUUUUGGCUUGUUAGUUUGGGCUUUUUCGAAACGAAGUGCUGUUGGUGUUGUUGGCUUGGUUGUGUUAUAUUUAGCUGUUUUGUUUGGCAUUAGGAUUAGAUAUAAAGAGACUGGGGAGUAAAUAUUUUAUCGCUCCGGUGUAACUUAACUUUUGUGACUCGUGGCAAGUAAAUGAAAACAAAUGAAAAUCGCCCUCAAUGAAAUUUAAACAAGCCGUACCAUGACUGCAUCAGACUUGUUAGAACAACCUUGUAACAAGUCUGAUAAUGUCAUUAAGCUUGUUACAAGUUGUUAACAGUUGUAACAAGGCUGUUGAUAUUAUCUGAUUUGUUGCAAGGUUGUUCCAACAAGUUCGGUACAGUCAUGAUAUAACAAUAUUGUUACAACCUUGUGUCGUAAACCUUGUAACAUUCUUGUUAUAUCAUGACUGUAUCAGACAUGUUAGAACAAUCUUGUAACAAGUCUGAUAAUGCCAUCAAGCUUUUUACAGCUUGUUCCAAACUUGUUACAACAACUGGGAGCAAACACGAACACAACCCGCGUAAAAACGCACAAGUUGUUACAUGUCUGCAAACAAGUUGUUACAAGUCUGUUCACAAGUUGUUGACAAGUUGUGUUCGCACUGCUUGUUCCCAGCUGUUGUAACAAGUUUGGAACAAGCUGUUAACAACUUGUAACAAGCUUGAUGGCAUUAUCAAACUUGUUACAAAGUUGUUCUAACAAGUCUGACACAGUCAUGAUAUAACAAGAAUGUUAGAAGGUUGACGACACAAGGUUGUUACAAUAUUGUUAUUUCAUGACUGUAUCGGACUUGUUGGAACAACCUUGCAACAAGUCUGAUAAUACCAUCAAGCUUGUCACAAGCUGGUUAACACGUUGUUCCAAACUUGUUGACAACUUGAGACAAGCAGUGCGAACGACUUGUUGGCAGACUUGCUACAAGAUGUGAGAUUGUUACCUGUGAACUUGUCGACAGCUUGUGAACAGAUUUGUAACAACUUGUUUGCAGACCUGUAACAACUUGUGCGUUUCUACGUAAAUAUAAAAAAGCCAAUUCUACUUGCCCAUGAUAAUUUUAAGCACGCAACCAUUCAGUUACACCAUUCUGUCUGUCUUUACCUUGUAUAUAAUAGGUUUUUCUUAAUUUAUGUAAAUAUGAACAUAAUGCACAGCAAAGUUUUUAAAUCGCUUUUUAAUAUUUUUAAAACGUGCACGGUGUUGAAAGCUUCCUUCGUGACGUCAUUAUUCGUUUUCGAUAACGUUUAUUAACCUUUUAACAUCUUAAAAUCACAAUGCAUGCAUUGUAUACCAAUAGACAAUUCCCAUUAUAGACUAAUUUUAAAACUUGGCAAGGAGAUGCAAGUAAAUCACCACAGCUAGGAAGAGCAUACUAGAAUUAGUAAAUUUGCAAAGUUUGGUUGCGAAAUGUUGUAAAAUGCGGAGAAUAUAGCCUUGAAAAGUUUGUAAAUUUUGUAUACUUUUGUAUUGCGUUCGGAAUUGCUACCAUUUUCGACUCAAAUGUGGUAGGAAUGUGGUAGGAAUUUCCGCACGCAAUACAAAAGUAUACAAAAUUUGCAAACUUUGCAAGGCUAUAUUUUCCGCAUUUUACAACAUUUCGCAACCAAAUUUUGCAAUUUUACUAAUUUUAGUAUGCUCUUUCUAGCUGUGGUGAUUUAUUUGCAUCUCCUUGCCUAGUUUUAAAAUGAAUCUAUAAUGGGAAUAGUCUAUUGACAUGGCUGGGGUCUUGGAUGUAAAAUUGGAUCGGCUUUCGGAGCAGUAAAAGCUAGAAAUAAAAAAUAAAAUUGAAAAAAUCCAAAGUGCAGUUUUCUGAGACGUUUUUUCAUAUUUUAGACGAAAAGCCUGAAAAAGAGAGUGAUGACGUCACGGAGGAUGACGAAGACGAUGACGUAGGUGGUGAUGACGUUGGUGAUGAUGAUGUAGAUGAUGACGAAGCAGAUGAGGCAGAUUUAGAUGAAGCAAUGCAUGCGGAGUUAUGA